AACUGGUAAAACCCGAGAUCUUAAUAAACACAUGAAUUUAAAUGGAAACCUUCGUAAGGGGCAAUGUCAACCAGCUUUGCGAUUAAUGCAAAACUCAGUCCCAGCUCCAGCAGGAAAUCCAGCUACUCAAAAUCCGGCAGAAAACCCAACCCCGGCACAAAAUAUACCACCAGCUGAAAAUCCAGUACCGAUUCCCGAAGGCGAUCUCAUAACAUUCGAUGAAAACCCACCGACGCACCAGCCAAGAGAGGCAAGAGAAGCAAGCGCGCCGGCAGUCGACCCCGGGAUAGGAUCUAGUACAAAGCAAAAUAGCGUAAGCUACCAAGAUAGAGGCAAAGCCUCAUUGCUUCGCAGGCCCGAAGGGGCGACCCUAAAGGGUCAUAAAACUAUCUUAAUUCAUAAAAAUGUACCAAAUGGGUUUGAAUUUUAUGAUGGAAAGAGAAAAUGGUAUGGUAUUAAAGAAGAUUUUCAUGCAUUAUCUAAUAAGUACUAUUUUAUUAAAACAGAUUUAAAAGAAACAACCAUAGAAACUUAUAAAAGAAUUAUCAAAGAAUCGGAAGCCAUAGCAGAAAAAACAAAUGGACAAGUCGAUAUGCGAAAAUCAGGAGGUUAUUCAUUAACAAGUUUAAAACUUUUUCGAGAAACAACUUUAGCACCGAACAAAAGUGAAAAAAUCGAUGAGAAAGAAAACGCAUGGUUAAAUUUAGCAACAACUGGUGCUUUAGUAUUUGCAGAGAAAUAUGAAGGAGAAGCUAUUCAAUAUGACGUAAAUUCGAUGUAUAUAUAUGAAAUGUUAAAGAAUGAAGCAUCAUGGCCAAUUGCUACAGCAACAAUAGAAGGAAAUCCUCCGAAGAAAAGCUUGCAAUGCACUAGAUAUUUACGAUAUAAUCCUCAUGGAAUUUAUACACAUUUUGAUUUAGAGUGUGCCAAAAGAAAUGGUUUAAAAGUAUAUUUAUUAGAUGAAUCACCAAAUGCACUUAUAUACCGAAAAAAUACCUGUGUUAGUGGAAGUGAUAUGUUCGGUAAAUGGGGAAAUAUAUUAUACAACAUUAAAAAAGAAGGUGGAACAGCUGGAAAAGUAAGUAAAGCAUUAUUAGUUUCAUUAUGGGGUGUCCUAUGUGAGCAAAGAAAUGGACAAAAUUAUGGUAUACACCCACGAAUAAAACCAUUCUUAUUAGCAUCAGCGCGAAGAAGAAUAUCAGAAAUCGUGAAACCACUAGGAGAUCAAGUAAAACGAAUACAUACAGAUGGGUUUAUUGUAGCUGGAAAAGUAGAACUUAAAACGGGAAUGGAAAUGG